AUGGAGCUGCUGUUCGGGCGCCGGCGCUCCCCCGAGGAGCUGCUGAGGCAGAACCAGCGCGCUCUGUCCCGCGCCGUGCGCGAGCUGGAGCGCGAGCGGCAGAAGCUCGAGGCCCAGGAGAAGAAAAUCAUCGUGGACAUCAAGAAGAUGGCGAAGCAGGGCCAGAUGGACGCGGUGCGGGUGCUGGCCAAGGACCUGGUGCGCACGCGGCGCUACGAGCGCAAGUUCAUCGCCAUGAGAGCCAACGUGCAGGGGGUGGCACUGCGGGUGCAGACGCUGCGCUCGCACAGCGCCAUGGCCAGCGCCAUGCGGGGCGUCACCAGGGCCAUGGCCACCAUGAACCGCCAGCUGAAGCUGCCGCAGAUCCAGCGCAUCCUGCAGGAGUUCCAGAAGCAGUCGGAGCUGAUGGACAUGAAGGAGGAGCUGAUGAACGACGCCAUCGACGACGCCCUCGGGGACGAGGAUGACGAGGACGAGAGUGACGCUGUCGUGUCCCAGGUCCUGGACGAGCUGGGGCUGAACCUGACCGAGGAGCUGGCCACGCUGCCCGCCCCGGGGGGGUCCCUGGCGGCGGGGGAGGGGCGCGGGGGCGCUGAGGCGGCCGCGGCCGCGCUGGCCGACGCCGACGCCGACCUGGAGGAGAGGCUGAAGAACCUGCGCAGGGACUGAGCCCGGGGCCUGGCGCCUUCCGGAACCUUCUGGGACUGUCUGGGACUUCUGGGAUUUUUGGGAUUUUUUUGGGAUUUUUUGGGAUUUUUUUCGGAUUUUUUUCGGAUUUUUUGGGGAUUUUUUUCGGAUUUUUUUCGGAUUUUUUUCGGAUUUUUGGCCAUCCCGGAGAGGGGAAUUUGCCCCUCUAUUCCAAAUUUUGGGAUGGUUUUCCAGUCUCUGCCUCACUCCUGGGAGCCUCCAAAGUCUGAUCCUCUUUAUUUGGGAUUUUCCCCCUUUUUGAGAUUUUUUUGGAAUUUUUGGGGAUUUUUUUCUGAUUUUUUUUGCUUUUUUUUCGGAUUUUUUUUUAAUUUUUGGCCAUCCCAGAGAGGGGAUUUUGCCCCUGUAUUCUGAUUUUUGGGGGGGAUUUUCUGGUCUCUGCCCCACUCCUGGGAUCCCCCUGAAGUCUGACCCCUUUAUUUGGGAUUCUUCCAAUUUUUGGGAUUUUUUUGGGAUUUUUUUGGGAUUUUUUUUUGGAUUUUGGCCAUCGUGGAGAGGAGAUUUUGCCCCUGUAUUCUGAUUUUUGGGAUGAUUUUCUACUCUCUACCCCACUCCUGGGAGCUUUCAAAGUCUGCCCCCCUUUAUUUGGGAUUCUUCCAAUUUUUGGAAUUUUUUGGGAUUUUUUUGGGAUUUUUUUCUGAUUUUUUGGGGAUUUUUUUCAGAUUUUUUUGAGAUUUCGGCCAUCCCGGAGAGGGGAUUUUGCCCCUGUAUUCUGAUUUUUGGGGGGGAUUUUCUGGUCUCUGCCCCACUCCUGGGAUCCCCCUGAAGUCUGAGCCCCUUUAUUUGGGAUUUUCCCCCUUUUUGAGAUUUUUUUGGGAUUUUUUCAGGUUUUUUUUUGAUUUUUUUUGGAUUUUUGGCCAUACUGGAGAGGGGAUUUUGCCCCUGUAUUCUGAUUUUUGGGGGGGAUUUUCUGGUCUCUGCCCCACUCUUGAUAUCCCCCUGAAGUCUGACCCCCUUUAUUUGGGAUUCUCCCCCUUUUUGGGAUUUUUGGGAUUUUUUGGGGAUUAUUUUGGAUUUUUUUUUUUUUUCAGAUUUUUGGCCAUCCCGGAGAGGGGAUUUUCCCCCUUUAUUCCGAUUUUUUGGGUGAUUUUUCGACUGAUUUUGGGAUUCUGACCACACCCCAAUGGGAUUUCCCCUCCUUUAUUUGGGAUUUCCCCUUUUUUUUGGGAUUUUCCCCUUUUUUUGGGAUUUCCCCCUUUUUUUGGGAUUUCUCCCUUUUUUGGGGCUUCCCCUCUUUAUUUAGGAUUUCCCUUCUCUAUUUAAGAAUUUUUUUGGGAUUUUUUGCCAUCCUGGGCAGGCUUUCCCAUUUUUUUGGGAUUUCCCCUUUAUUUGGGAUUUUCCCCAUUUUUUGGAAUUUCCCAUUUUUGGCUCUUUUUGACCCCCCGGGGUCUCCCCCUUUUUGGGGUCUUUCCCCCUUUUUUGGGACGCUGACACUACUUUGGGGUGAAUUCCCCCUUUUUCGGGGUCUCCCCCCCUUUUUUGGGUCUCUCUCCCAUUUUUGGGGUUUUUCUCCCCAAUUUUGGGGUCCCCUCCCCCAAUAAAGUUUCCUGGCACUGCGGCG